UAGUAAUGGCGUCGUGAAAGAAUCAAAAGACCAAAUUUCACGAGAAUAGUAUUAGUUAGACUUAGGAUAAAUUGUGAAUGAUAUUGGCAAGUUAACAUGUCAGUUGCAUUAGCAUCACCCAGGCAUGUAUUUGGCUUUAAAUCAGAUGUGUCCAGCAAUGUCUGGUACCUUGAUGAACAAACUAUCGUUUAUCCAUCUGGUUCAAAUUGUGUUUUGUACAAUAUUGACCAGAAAUCUCAAAAAUUUAUUCCUGGUAGUGACAAUAGCUAUGGCAUGACAGCCUUGGCUGUCAGUCCAAAUCGACGGUAUGUUGCAAUUGCUGAAAAGGGUGAAAAACCAACAAUUUCCAUUUAUGAUUUACACUCACUUAGAAAAAGAAAGGUUUUGUCAACACCAGACUGUCAGUCUUCAGAAUUUGUUAGUAUAGCAUUUUCUCCAGACUCUAAGUACCUAAUUACUCAAGGUGGUCGCCCAGACUGGACUUUGCUGUACUGGACUUGGGAAAAGGCAAAAGUACUGGCCUUUACGAAGUCAACAAAUCAACAGAAUAGCCCAAUAUAUCAGGUGACCUUCAAUCCUCAAGAUAACACACAAGUUUGUGUUACAGGACAUGGAAUUUUUAAGCUUUUUCGAUACAGUGAGAGCUCAUUAAAACAGUUUGCUUUUCAUAAAGCAGACAUACAUAAACAUUAUUUAUGCCAAGCAUGGCUAAACGAAGAACGAUUGUUGAUUGGCAUAGACACAGGAAAGAUUUUGUUGUUUGAAGGUGGUGAACUAAAGGGCGAUUUUAUAGCUGUUUCUAGGAGUGAUGUUGAAAGCAAAAGUAACUCACAAUUAGUAGGAAGAGUGAGCAGCACAAGUAUUCCAGAAAUUACAUCAACCUACAACACGUCUUUGGCAGUUACCUCUAUCACAUGUUAUUCUAAAGGCUUUGUGUGUUCAGCCGGUCAUGGAGCUGUACAUAUGUUUGAAAAAUCAGAAGACAAAGAGCUGUAUAAGAAGACAAAAGAGAUUCGUAUCCCUGUCGAUCCUCAAAGCACUGAUCCAAUGCUGGCAUCAAAUCAAAUAAUUACAGCAGUUGCGUUAAGUCCUUCUGAAGAGACAGUUGUAGGAAGCACUAAAAGCAACCAACUUUAUUCAAUUGCUUUAUCUUCAGCAGACCUUGGAAAGCAAGGCGAUUUAGCGGUGUUUGAAGUGCUGUCACAAAGUUUUCACCACAGUCAGAUUACAGGUUUAGAUAUGUGCAUACGAAAGCCACUGAUUGCAACUUGUAGUGUCGAUAAAAGCAUAAGAAUAUGGAACUUUGAAGCAAAUUCUUUGGAGUCAUACAAAGAAUUUCAAGAAGAAGCAUACAGUAUUUCACUACACCCCUCUGGCUUGUACAUUCUUGUCGGAUUCAGUGACAAACUAAGGUUAAUGAAUUUACUCAUUGAUGACAUCAGGUCGUUUAAAGAGUUUACAAUCCGUGGCUGCAGAGAGUGUUGUUUUAGUAAUGGUGGUCACAUGUUUGCAGCUGUGCAUGGCAACGUCAUUCAGCUCUACUCUUCGUCAACAUUUGAAAAUAUUGGAAACUUGAAAGGACACAAUGGAAAAGUGCGUUGUAUUCGAUGGAGCACAGACGAUUCUAAGUUGGUUUCUUGUGGCAUGGAUGGAGCGAUCUAUGAAUGGAACAUGUUUACGUUCAAGCGUGAGGGGGAGAGCGUAUUGAAAUCGUGCAGCUACACAGGUAUUUCGAUUUCACCUGACAAUCGCACCAUCUAUGCUGUUGGCUCGGAUAAAAGCAUCAAAGAAAUAUGUGACGGCCAGAUUCUUCGAGAUGUGCCAUCAAACGGGUGUGUUCUCACUCAAGUUGCACUCUCCCGGUCUGGUCGAAUGUUAUUUGCUGGAACAAGCAGUGGCACAUUGCGUUCGUUCAAAUUCCCAUUAACCUCUCCGGGUGAGUGGCAAGAACACCAAGCACAUGCUGGUGCUAUAACAAAGAUGAAAAUUUCAUACGACGAUCAAUACCUUGUCUCUGUUAGCGAAGACGCAUGCUUGUUUGUUCAUAAGAUCACCGAUAAAGAAGGAAGGGGUAAACGAGACAGAGACGUUCCAUAUGCAGAAGAAAUCCUAAUCACUCGUUCCGAUCUUGAAGAGAAGAAUUCAAUCAUGACAGAGCUCAAAACACGUGUGGAGGAGUUAAAGAUGGAGAACGAGUACCAGCUUCGCUUAAAAGACAUGAACUACAACGAGAAAAUCAAAGAGCUCACCGAGAAAUUUAUUCAAGAAAUGGAAUCUCUCAAGACAAAAAAUCAAGUACUGAAAACUGAUAAAGAUAAAGAGGCUGCGAAACAUGAGGAAGAGUUAUCUGAGACGAUGGAUGUUCACUCUAAAGAGAUGGAGGAUAUCGAAGCAGCCAACAACAAAAAACUUAUGUCUGAAUACGAGAAGUAUCAAGAACUGCAGACGAAGAGUCAACGAAUGCAAGAAGACUUCGAGAAACAACUUCAAGAAAUGGAAGGAGCUAAAGAGCAUGCGCUGGAAGAACUCACUGAAUACUAUGAAAAGAAACUUCAAGAUAAGACUUCUCAUUUGGAAGAAGCGAGCGAAGAAUCUCGCCAGCAGUUGCGAGAAUAUGAAGAAACAAAGAAACAAAUUGAAGAAGACGCCGAUCGUGAAAUACUGGACAUCAAGAAUAAAUAUGAACGAAAACUGCGAGAAGAAAAAGAAGCAAAUUUGCGAUUAAAAGGUGAAACAGGGAUCAUGCGCAGAAAAUUUACAAGCUUACAGAAGGAGAUUGAAGAACACAAAACAGAAAUUCAAAGAUUGCACGGAGAAGAGACUAAACUGCACGGUAUUAUUAAAUCGCUGGAGAAAGACAUCUACGGUUUGAAGAAAGAAAUUCAAGAACGGGACGAAACGAUUCAAGACAAGGAAAAACGAAUUUACGACUUGAAGAAGAAAAACCAGGAACUGGAAAAGUUUAAAUUUGUGUUAGAUUACAAAAUCAAAGAGUUGAAGAAACAAAUCGAACCCCGCGAGAAUGACAUCAAGGCUAUGAAAGAACAAAUACAGGAGAUGGAGAGCGAGUUGGAACGUUUUCAUAAACAGAACACUGGACUCGAACUAAACAUUGCCGAGUUGAGGUUAAAACUAAAAGCUACAGAGAAAAAACUCUACCAAGAAAGACAGAGAGUACACGAUAUCGAAGCUGUGGUGAAACGUUUCAAAACGGACUUACACAAUGCUGCUGGUUUUAUACAAGACCCGAAAAAGUUGAAAGAUCACGUGAAAGAGUUGUACGGGAAAUAUGGCAACAAUGAUACGCCUGAACAAGCGAGUGUGGACGCCGACAUACAGAAAGAAUACGCGAGACAGCGAGAACAUUUAGAAAGGAGCGUGUCAUCUUUGCGAAAGAAACUCGCUAAAGACACAGAAAUACAUCAAGCUGAUAACGUUAGAGUUAUGCAGGAAAACGUUACGCUUAUCAAAGAAAUUAACGAUUUACGCCGCGAGUUAAAAACAGCACGGACACAAGUUCACGAUUUAGAAGCAACGAUGCACCUGAUGCGAAAACACCAACACGGUGGAGGACAAUUUGGAAACGAGGAUACACAAAGGAUUAAUGAAAGUGCUAUUGAGGCGCGAAAGUUAAUUGAUUUACAAAAACAAGAGAUGAGACGACUUAGAGCUCAAAUCGUUGACCUGGAAGCGAAAGUAGCAGAACGCCCUUCUUCGGGCGGAAAGUUGCCGCCAUUACAGAAAAUUUCGAUUUAAUUUGUAAAUACAGAGAAAUGUAAUAUAAUUAUUGGUCAUGUUAUUUUUUAUAAAACUUUAAAUAUAUUAAUACCAAACAUCA